AUGUUCGUCAAAACCGAGGCCUUGGAGUUUAAGGAGGAGGAGGACGUGCUGGUGCUGCUCGGCUCGGCGUCUCCGGCUUCGGCUGCCCUGACCCCGCUGUCGUCCAGCGCAGAAGAGGAAGAAGAGGAGGAGCCGGGCGCGGCGGGAGGGGCGCGGCGGCCGCGUGGGGCCGAGGCGGGACAGGGGGCGCGGGGCGGCUCGGCGGCGGGUGCAGGGGGCUGCCGGCCCGCGCGGCUGCUGGGGCUGGUACACGAGUGCAAGCGGCGUCCCUCCCGGGCGCGGGCUGUCUCCCGCGGCGCCAAAACGGCCGAGACGGUGCAGCGCAUCAAGAAGACGCGCAGACUGAAGGCCAACAACCGCGAGCGCAACCGCAUGCACAACCUCAAUGCCGCGCUGGACGCGCUGCGCGAGGUGCUCCCCACGUUCCCCGAGGACGCCAAGCUAACCAAGAUCGAGACCUUGCGCUUCGCCCACAACUACAUCUGGGCGCUCACCGAGACCUUGCGCCUGGCCGAUCACUGCGGAGGCGGUGGUGGCGGCGGCGGCCUGCCGGGGGCGCUCUUCUCCGAGGCUGUGCUGCUGAGCCCGGGAGGCGCUAGCGCCGCGCUGAGCUGCGGCGCCGACAGCCCGUCGCCCGCCUCCACGUGGAGUUGCACCAACAGCCCCGCGCCGUCCUCCGCCGCCUCCUCCAGCUCCACCUCCCCCUACAGCUGCACUUUAUCGCCCGCCAGCCCGGCCGGGUCAGACCUGGACUACUGGCAGCCCCCACCUCCCGACAAGCACCGCUAUGCGCCUCACCUCCCCAUGGCCAGGGAUUGUAUCUAG